AGUUACUUUUUUGACUGCACUGGGCCUUUAAGGUUUGUAUCACAGGCCUCAGUGGCUGCUGUCUCAUCUAAUCAUCUUCCCUGAGCUUCUUAGGGGCAGAGGUCAACCCUACACAAUUAGGAAAGGUGAGCUUAUUCUGUGUGUGUGUGUGUGUGUGUGUGUUUGUUUCUGUGUGUGCAUGUGUUCAGAACGAAUACAUUGAAAUACAGUAAGAUUACUUUUACCAACCAUGUCUUUAUUUUAUAAUCCCUUCAGAUGACUGGUUAAAAUGCUACACUCGCUAUGUGCCUCACUGGGAGUAUCAAAUUGUGGCUAUUCCCCUAUUUAGUUUAUUGACAGAAAUGAAUACUACAAUACUAUACCAGUAAUUCCUAGCAUGGUUUCCAAAAUGUGUCACAAUACAAUAAUAACACAGUGUUGAUGCUACCUGGUAUUCUUGGGAUGCCCCUACCCUAACACCUUAACCAUUUUACAUUUCAACUUCAAUGGGGUGAUAUCAGGGUUGGACUUUUCCCCUUCAGUGCAAAUGCAUGCAUUGUCACAUCCAUAUCCAGUGAUGGAAAUGGAGAGUCACUGCCUCAACACAACACUACAGAGUGCUGCAGUGACACUGUCUGUACCCUAUAGAUUGUUGUUACCAUUCACCAAGCAAUGCAGUAUGUAGUCUACAAGGAUUCGAGAUAUAGUGACCAAUGCACCAAAAGCUUAUCAUAAUUUCGUACUUUUUUAAUGUGGAAAAUGGAUGAUACCAGAGCAUGAAAUAACUAGCCUGUCAUAUGUAAUUAAAUGUUGCUUUCUCUAUGUUUGAUGUCUGAUGUCUCUACAACUCUGUCUCCUCCUCUCUUUCAUACCAUGCUUGUUUCCAUUCUUUUAUUUUAUUUUACAGUCAUUGAGCAUCCCGAAAACAAUGCAGUGUGGACAUCCCCUGGGACAGCACGAUCUCGCAGAAAGAGAGAGGGAAUUACACACAUAGACAGGGAUAGGAUUGUGGACACCUGGUUCAACUUUGGAUCCCUACAGUAGAAGUGACUAAGAGGACUGUCUCAAUACAGAAUGGGAACUAACCCAAAAAGGACAGUGACAGUCCAAAUGGUCCCUCAGCUGGCUGGAGUGGACACUCUGGGAAACCAGGAGUCUAACGCCAACUGGGCUAAGGAACCUAACCUCAACCUCACCCAGGGUUGCCCUGCCCCUACACCUACCCCUACAGAACACACACAGGAUAACCUGUGUCUGAUAUCCACCAACACAACCUCCAGGAUCCAAUCAACAGGCAAUGGACAACCGGUCAGCGGAGGGAUGGGGUCCAACACCAACACACCUUUCUCGACCAAUGGCGACGGAGGGAAAUCGCCAUCGGAGCAUGUGAUUGGAGUAGAGCAGCAGAUGGUUCUGACAUGUCGAGGAGGUGUGAGUGUAACCGAGGCGACGGCAGAGGGCCAUAGGGACGACAACGCCAAUUUGACAGCGUUAACCCCCACAGCCACCGACGAGGAGAAGGAGAAGCAUUUCUGUAAGGCCGGCCUGUCGUCCGCCGUUACAUCAUCAAAGGUUGACGCGCAGACAGAUUACUGCAGAGCGAAAGAGCCCGGUGGUGCGGGGACGGGGGAGGGGUGUGCGGAGCCCCAGCCAGCACCAGAGCCCACAGCAGUACAGAGCGCUACAGCCGUCUCUGCAGUAGCUAAUAAGGAGUCACUGGUAGUAGGGGACGACAAAAACACACCAAAUCAACAUCCCCCUCAGACCUGUGAUCCAAAGCAUACCUCGUCCUCUGAAGCGCUGACGUCUCUGACGACUCCCAAACAAGGUAAGGCAGAGGGCGCUGCAGUGACCACAAACAAGGUUGCUCCGCCUCCCUUCAAAUCAAAAGAGGGUGAUAAUAGUACUACAACACAGAGUCCCUCACCUUUACCUAGCUCGGCCACCGCCACCGCCACCACCACCACCACCAACCCUACUCCAUCAGAACGCCCUCUACAGGCCUCUAAAAGAAACACGCCCGAGACAAACUCUCAGAACCCUCCCUCCCAAACGGAAUAUAAUAAAACGGCAGAGACAUCGCAGCCGGAACAGACCAAGGAGACUGAAGUAGCUCCUGGCAAUGCUGCCACCACCAUCCCCAUCACGCCUCCAUCAUCAGACAGCAAGGCAAACGUAGGGCUUAAGAAUAAGACCUCAAGUCCGGCACCUCCCGAGAAGAAGGAUUUAAAACCUACUCCAGUAGCAAACACACAGAUCUCCUUAGAUAAACACCUGCAGGCGGCAUCGUCAGAGUCUCCAUCACAGAAGGAUCCUCCCUCGUCACCCAACGAGGCCCAACAGAACCAGCAGCCUGAGGCCCAACAGAUCCAGAACCAGCAGCCUGAGGCCCAACGGAGCCAGAGCCAGCAGCCUGCCCACCAUGCAGCACAGGUGGCAGACGAAGCCGUCCAGACUGCCUCGGCCUCGGAGGAGAUGCAACAGAAAGCCCACUGCAAACUAUACCGGGAGGCCUCCACCAUGACCCGCACCCCCACCGCCACCCCCACCCAUAGCAAGCAGGGCCAAGACGUGGAGGUCCAAGCGGUGGCUAACGUGUGCAGCCGGGCGGUCUCCACCAGCCCCAGCCUGUUUCCUCUGCCCCCGCCCUACAAGUCCACCAACAGAGGUGCUGCCCUGAGGGAGGAAGCAGCAGCUGAGAGCCUGUCUGUGGUCUACCAGGUGCCCUCACACCAGAUUCACAUGGGCAGCAAUCUAUCAUGCCCCCCGCCGCCUAACUACACCGCAGGUCUCAGGUCCGGGUCAGAGCGAUUGACCCUGGAGGCGGGGUCAUGCUCCAGUCAGAGUGCCGGGGUGGUGCUUCAUGCAGAGGAGGCGGUGGCGGCCCUCCAUGCAGAGGUCGCCAGGCUGGGGGCCAAGCCUAAAGAUCCGGCGGUUGGGGGGGCAGCAGCACUAUGCAACAUCCAGCAGAGAGGAGCGCUCCCGCCUCUGCAGCCCGUCUACCAGAUCAACAUCGAGCCAUGCGGCAGCCAAAACGAGCCUGAAGCUAACGCGAAUCAUCACCAGCAUCGAGGCGAGAAGGCAGCAGCAGACUCCCAAUCCAAGCCCAAUGCAGCAGAGAAACCAACAGUGUCUAAUGAAGCGCAGGCCGUGCCAACGCAGGCUGCCAAGCCUCCCUCUGCUAAAGCUCCAUCCUCAAAACUAGAAUCACCCCCCUCGUCGCCAACUGCCGCAAGCAAGACCAAAUCCUCUGACAAUAAGGCUGCUCCUCCUCCUUCGCAGUCAGCUUCUUCCGUUACCAAGCCCAGCCAGGCCUCAACACCAACCUCCAAAAAAGCAGAGGACACUAAACCCAAGACGGCAGUGAAAGCGGCGAAGGAGAGCAUCGUUAAGGGGGUCGGGGGAGUUAAGGCUUUGUUGGGCAAGAAGAAGCAGCUGGAGCCAGAGAGGAAAGAAGAAGAUGAGGAAGGGAAACAGAAAGGAGAGAAGAGCGUGCAUGAUGUGCUGUGGGACGAGCAGGGGAUGACCUGGGAGGUGUACGGAGCAUCCGUUGACCCCGAGUCCCUGGGCUUUGCCAUCCAGAGCCACCUGCAGUGUAAGAUCAAAGAGCAAGAGAAGAAGGUCGUGACCCAGUCAUCACUCAGGAAGUCCAUCUCAGUGCCGCCGGUGGUGCCCGACUCGCCCGCCACCAUCGCCGCGGACGACGCCAACAGCAGGAAAAACAAGAGGAGGCAGCAGAACGUUUUCAGGUCCAUGAUGAAAAAUGUCAGACGGCCCAAGUGCUGCGCGCGCCCUCCCCCUACCGCCGUGCUGGAGUGAGAAGGAGAAGCAGCGGGCUGGAUGUAGCCCACACCAUCAGCUGACUCCCCUAUAAAGCACGCUGGUUCACCCCUUGUUAAGGUUCCUCCGAUGCCAAGCAAAGUGUGGAUAUUGGGAUCUCUCCCUAACCCUACUGGUCGGAUGUUGUGGUAUACAAUGUUACCUUAUAUAAGGUUGAUGAUUAUCAAAGGAAGAGGGCAAAACAAAAAGCUAAAUUAUGUAGUUGUUAUGAACAUAUUUUUAGAUGAGAGAGAGAGAGAGAGAGAGAGAGAGAGAGAGAGAGAGAGAGAGAGAGAGAGAGAGAG